CCUGAUCUCGCGGAAGUGACGAAUCGUCUGUGUAAAACCUUGAGCAAAACAUGCACACGUGAGCGGUGCGUGGUGACCCAAACGUUCAUUUAUUUCAGAUUUACUACACUGUUGGUGUGGGAAAAAAACCCUGUUCUGAGCAACAUGGAUGAACCGGGGCAGUACCCUCCUCCGGACUUCAGCUGUCCGCCGCCUAAUUCCUUCCAACCCCUAAAACAGCAGCAGCCCCGCUCCAGCGGCUUCCACCCCAGCAUGUGGACUUGGUGUGAGACGUCGUCAGAGACUCCGGGACUCUGGGACUCCGGGGGCCAACCGGGCUGGUACCACGGGUCAGCAGCGGGGUCCGGAUACCAGUCAGGUCGUGCAAAGUAUGGACCUAGUCGUCCAUACGGUCAAAACUCAGGGUAUGAAUGGCAGCAGGGUGGACACCGAGGUGGAAGGCAGAAUUACGGCUCUCCCAUGAACCAUGGGAAAAAGCAGAAAAUUAGGAAGGAACCAGAGUAUUCCCAUUACUGUGACACCUGUGAUCGGGGUUUCAAAAACCAGGAAAAGUACGAUGAACAUGUGUCUCAACAUGUCAAGUGUUCUGUGUCGGACUGUAGCUUUAUGGCUCAUGAAAAAAUUGUCAGCAUCCACUGGAAAAAUAACCAUGCACCAGGAGCUAAAAGAAUCAAGCUGGACACACCAGAGGAAAUUUUGAAGUGGAGAGAGGAGAGACGCAAAAACUAUCCAACUUUCCAGAAUAUUGAGAAGAAGAAAAUUAUGAUGCAGAUGCGGGAGGCGACGGGAGGUGUCCUGGAGACAGCUCAGUUUGGACGAAUAAAAGGCAGAGGACGAGGUCGAGGCUGGGGCAACAGAGCGUUUCAGGGUCCUUACCAAGGAGGUGGUCACCCUUCACACAACAGCUCUACAGAAAAUCUCCGAGCCUUUAGCAAACCCCACAGGGAAGGGGAUCCUCUGGGAGCUCUGGUCAGCAGUGACCACGAUUCUGAUAAAGAAGAUCCAGGUGCUGAGUCCAGGGCCAGUGGUGUGGUUGUCGCCCCGAAGCAGAUGAGCUCAGCUUUAGGAUCCCUGUUGGCCAACUAUGGGUCCAUGAGUGAGAGCGACAAUGAUGAAGAACCAGAAUCUGCCCCUAUUCAGAGAGCCAAAGAGCUGAUAGAAGCAAACCAGACUCUCGUAAACACAAUGCCACCAAAUUCCCACGACAGAGGACCAUGUAGAGGCUCGGAAGCAUUUUUACACAGCAGAGAAAUGAACCGAAAGCCCCAAACUGGCUCUGGUCUUCACACAUCUGACAGCAGAGGACGAGGAAGAGGAGGAAGAGGAAGGGGUGGAAGGGGUGGUACUAAAGGACGAUAUCAGGAAACACCAUCAAAAUGUCAUCCUACUCUACUUGAAAUGUUACUGGCUCCAGAUAUCCGCCAUGAGAGGAACAUCCUCUUGCAGUGUGUGCGCUUUGUCGUCCGAAAUGAGUUUUUUGGGCUGGAAACCAAAUCCCAGGAGGCACUUAAUGCUGCAACAGCUGUUACAAGUGAAAAACAUGAAGGCAGGCAGGAGACACCAUCAGAAGAAGUCCUGUGUACACCCACGUCUGCCUCUAUGAUCAAUGUAGAGCGGAUUUCAGCUGAGGAUGAAUGUACAUCCCAUAAAGGAGGAACAGUGGCUGAAGUUGGCAGUCAGGAGGAUUUGCAAACAAGUGUGGCUGUUAAUGACUGCUUGCCACAAAAUUGUGACACUUCAGUGAACGACUGUAGCCAGAUUGAAGGUGUAAAGAAUGACCAAUCUGGAAAUCCAUCUGUGGAUUUAUCACAAAAUGCAGCAACAAACCCUGAAGAGGUGACUGAUGAGACACCUGUCACCGACUGUCAUGAUAAAAUCAUCAAUCACAUGUAUGAUGAUGAAAUAUGGGAGAGCCCUGGUACCGUUAUUUGAAAUGGCAAAUUACUGUAAUGCAUCCAUGUGAAUUACUCAGAAUAACAUGUUAAUGUCUUUACUUUGCAUAUUUUUAAAAGAAUGUCUUAUUUUUACAUAUUUUUAUGUGAGUAUUACUAACAUGUUAUACUUUUGUAACAUAAGAAGUCAUUCCUUUUUUCCCUUUAAAAUAAAUCACACAAGCUUUCCUGAA